ACUGAGGUUUAGAUUCCUCCUAGACCAGGAGGAUCCGGACUAUGUCUCCCCCAACCUUCCUCCUGCUGCUGUCGGGGGCCCUGGUGCUGACUGAGACCUGGGCAGGCUCCCACUCCUUAAUGUACUUGCACACCGCGAUUUCCCGGCCUGGCCUCGGGGAGCCCCACUUCGUGGUCGUGGGCUAUGUGGACGACACGCAGUUCCUGCGGUUUGACAGCGACGACCCGAGUCCCAAAAUGGAGGCAACGGUGCCAUGGAUGGAGCUAGAGGGGUCGGAGUAUUGGGAGAGCGAAAAGCAGAUUGUCAAGAGCCACGUACACAUUUCCAGAGUAAGGUUAAACAACCUGCGGCUAUACUACAACCUGAGCGAAACAGAACCCCCAAAGACACAUGUGUCCCACCACCCCACCUCUGAGCGUGAGGUCACCCUGAGGUGCUGGGCCCUGGGCUUCUACCCUGUGGACAUCACCCUGACCUGGCAGCGAGAUGGGGAGGACCUGACCCAGGACACAGAGCUGGUGGAGACCAGGCCUGGGGGGGAUGGAACCUUCCAGAAGUGGGCGGCUGUGGUGGUGCCUUCUGGAGAGGAGCAGAGAUACACGUGCCAUGUGCAGCAUGAGGAGCUGCUGGAGCCCCAAGUCCUGAGAUGGGAGCCACCUCCUCAGUCCUCCAUCGCCACCAUGGGCAUUAUUGCUGGCCUGGUUCUCCUUGGGGCUGUGCUCACUGGAGUUGUGAUUUGGAGGAAGAAGUGCUCAGACAGAGAAAACCUCAUAUGA